CUGUGUCAGGUUGCCAAGGAUCGUACCUUUCCCGAGCCGUCAUAUUUGGUCGGAGGUAACACACGUUCGGGGAUGGCUCACGCUGCCUCCCAUCUCAAGAAGAACCGGGAAUUGGAAGUUGUGACCGAGGAUGAGAAAGUCGUCAAGAAACACAGAAAACGCUCACGGGAUCGAAGGAAAAAGACUGACACCAAUGCAAGCUACCUCCGCGCUGCCCGAUCUGGAAACUUGGAAAAAGCCCUUGAUUAUAUCAAAUCCGGAGUUGACAUUAACAUCUGCAACCAGAAUGGGUUGAACGCUCUACACCUCGCUUCGAAGGAAGGUCACAUCGGGAUUGUUUCCGAACUGAUCCAGCUAGGUGCUAACGUGGAUGCAGCAACCAAGAAAGGAAAUACUGCCCUGCAUAUUGCGUCGUUAGCUGGACAAACAGAAGUUGUCCAUGUUCUUGUCACAAAUGGUGCAAAUAUCAAUGCCCAGUCACAGAAUGGCUUCACUCCCUUGUACAUGGCCGCUCAGGAGAAUCAUCUGGAAGUUGUAAAGUUUCUCCUUGACAAUGGAGCAAGUCAAAGCAUUGCAACUGAGGACGGCUUCACGCCACUGGCUGUUGCUCUUCAGCAAGGCCACGACCAGGUGGUCUCGCUGCUGCUGGAGAAUGACACGAAGGGGAAGGUCCGCCUGCCGGCCCUGCACAUCGCCGCCCGCAAGGAUGACACGAAAGCCGCGGCGCUGCUCCUGCAGAAUGACCACAAUGCCGACGUGGAGUCCAAGAGUGGCUUUACCCCGCUGCAUAUAGCUGCUCAUUACGGGAAUAUAAACGUAGCAACUUUGUUGCUGAAUCGAGGCGCCGCUGUAGAUUUCACAGCCAGGAAUGACAUCACUCCGCUGCACGUGGCUUCCAAGAGAGGGAACGCCAACAUGGUCAAGUUGCUCCUGGACCGAGGAUCUCAAAUAGAAGCCAAAACCAGGGAUGGCUUGACACCUCUCCACUGUGCAGCAAGGAGUGGACAUGAGCAGGUGGUGGAAAUGUUGCUCGAUCGAGGAGCUCCAAUCCUUUCCAAGACAAAAAAUGGCCUAUCCCCACUGCACAUGGCAACCCAAGGAGAUCACCUAAACUCAGUGAAGCUGUUGCUUCACCAUGACGUGCCUGUAGAUGACGUGACCAAUGACUACUUGACAGCACUGCACGUUGCCGCCCAUUGCGGCCAUUACAAAGUCGCCAAGGUGCUGAUGGAAAAGAAAGCAAACCCAAACGCCAAAGCACUGAAUGGUUUCACCCCGCUUCAUAUCGCAUGCAAGAAAAACAGGAUUAAAGUAAUGGAUCUGUUGCUGAAAUAUGGAGCAUCAAUUCAGGCAGUAACUGAGUCGGGCCUCACACCUAUUCACGUGGCUGCAUUUAUGGGACAUACAAACAUUGUCACCCAGUUAAUGCAACGUGGAGCAUCACCAAAUACAACAAACGUGAGAGGAGAAACAGCACUGCACAUGGCUGCCCGGGCGGGCCAAGCAGAUGUAGUCCGUCUCCUGGUCCAGAACGGAGCUCUGGUGGAAGCCAAAGCCAAGGAUGACCAAACUCCAUUGCACAUUGCGUCUCGCCUGGGCAAGGCUGACAUCGUACAGCAGUUGCUGCAACACGGAGCGUCUCCAGAUGCAGCUACCACCUCUGGCUACACGCCGCUGCACAUCUCUGCUCGGGAAGGUCAUGAAGACGUAGCGUCUGUACUAUUGGAACAGGGAGCCUCCCUCGCUGUCAACACUAAGAAAGGGUUUACUCCGCUCCAUGUGGCUGCAAAGUACGGGAAAAUUGAGGUAGCCAACCUCUUACUUCAUAAGUCUGCAUCUCCAAAUGCUUCCGGAAAGAGCGGCCUAACUCCAUUACACGUGGCAGCGCACUACGACAACCAGAAGGUGGCCCUGCUGUUACUGGACCAAGGUGCCUCUCCACAUGCAGCAGCAAAGAAUGGCUACACCCCCCUGCACAUAGCUGCCAAGAAGAAUCAGAUGGACAUAGCGACCACGCUCCUGGAGUAUGGCGCUGACACCAACACAGUGACCAAGCAAGGCAUCACACCAGUGCACCUUGCUGCACAGGAGGGGCAUGUUGACAUGGUCUCCUUGCUCUUGACUCGAAAUGCGGAUGUAAACCUGGGAAACAAGAGUGGUCUCACGCCUCUUCAUUUGGCUGCUCAAGAGGAUCGGGUGAAUGUUGCUGAAGUGCUGGUUAAUCAAGGAGCUGCCAUUGAUCCACAAACUAAGAUGGGUUACAUUCCACUCCACGUCGCGUGCCAUUAUGGGAAUGUGAAGAUGGUCAACUUUCUUUUGCAACAUGACUCUAAAGUGAAUGCCAAGACAAAGAACGGCUACACCCCUCUCCACCAGGCAGCACAGCAAGGCCACACACACAUCAUCAACAUCCUCCUCCAGAACGGUGCCUCUCCGGAUGAAGUCACAGUGAACGGGAAUACAGCGUUGGCCAUUGCUAGGCGGCUGGGUUACAUCUCGGUGGUUGACACAUUGAAGAUGGUCACUGAGGAAACCUUGACGACCACAACGUUUGUGACGGAGAAGCAUAAACUAAAUGUUCCUGAAACCAUGAACGAGGUCCUGGAUGUAUCAGAUGAUGAAGCUCAUAAGGCCAGUGUUCCUGAAAAUUUCAUUGAAGCCGAGUAUUUAUCAGAUGGUGAAGAAGGUGAAGAUGCAAUGACUGGUGAUACAGAUAAGUAUCUUGGACCACAGGAUUUAAAAGAACUGGGCGAUGAUUCACUGCCAAUGGAAGGAAACAUGAGUUACAUGGGUUUUAGCCUGGGAGCUCGAUCUGCAAGCCUCCGCUCCUUCAGUUCGGAUAGGUCCUACUCAUUGAACAGGAGUCCGUAUGCCCGGGACAGCAUCAUGAUCGAAGAGCUGACAAGGGAGCCGGGUUUCCAACCGGAGCUUGCGCAUUCCAUGGGUGGGCCAAUAGUGUGCAACUCCCUGAAGCACCUUGCGGUUUCUCGGGAGUACGACAGCGACUCUUUGAAAAGAUUCAGCUGGACGGCAGAUACACUGGACAACGUCAACCUCAUCUCCAGCCCCAUCCAUUCGGGUUUCCUCGUCAGUUUCAUGGUGGACGCCCGCGGCGGCUCGAUGCGCGGCAGCCGGCACAACGGCAUGCGCAUCGUCAUCCCGCCCCGCAAGUGCACGGCGCCCACGCGCAUCACCUGCCGCCUGGUGAAGAGGCACAAACUGGCAAGCCCGCCGCCCAUGGUGGAAGGGGAAGGGUUGGCCAGUCGACUGGUUGAAGUUGGACCAUCAGGUGCCCAGUUCUUGGGCCCUGUGAUUGUGGAGAUACCACACUUUGGUUCAAUGCGAGACAAAGAACGGGAGCUGAUCAUACUCCGGAGUGAGAAUGGGGAAGUCUGGAAGGAGCACCAGUACGACUACAAAGACCAGGAGCUCAGUGAUAUAUUAAACGGUAUGGAUGAAGAGCUCGACAGCCCCGAAGAGCUGGAGAAGAAGCGCAUCUGCCGCGUGGUCACCAAGGACUUUCCCCAGUACUUUGCUGUUGUGUCUCGGAUCAAGCAAGAGAGUAACCAAAUGGGGCCGGAAGGAGGGAUGUUGAGCAGCACCACCAUUCCAAGCGUGCAAGCAUCCUUCCCGGAUGGAGCCUUGACCAAAAGAAUCCGAGUGGGGCUACAGGCCCAGCCAGUCCUGGAUGAACUUGUGAAAAAGAUCCUUGGGAACAGAGCCACGUUUAGUCCCAUUGUAACUGUGGAGCCUCGAAGAAGGAAAUUCCACAAACCCAUCACCAUGACUAUUCCAGUGCCAUCUGCAUCGGGAGAUGUGGCAAAUGGAAACCGAGGAGAUGCUCCAAGCCUCCGGCUGCUGUGUAGUAUAACAGGGGGCACAUCACCUGCACAGUGGGAAGACAUAACCGGAACAACACCAUUAACCUUUGUCAACGAAGGGGUUUCUUUCACAACAAAUGUCUCUGCCAGGUUUUGGCUUGUCGAUUGUCAUCAGGUGCCAGAAACGGUUAGCUUAGCCACUCAGCUCUACAGGGAAUUAAUCUGUGUCCCCUACAUGGCCAAAUUUGUUGUAUUUGCCAAAAUGCACGACCCAGUGGAAGCCCGUCUGCGUUGCUUCUGUAUGACCGACGACAAAGUUGACAAGACGUUAGAGCAGCAGGAAAACUUCACAGAAGUGGCUCGGAGCAAAGACAUUGAGGUUCUAGAAGGUAAACCCAUCUACGUGGAUUGCUAUGGAAACUUGGCUCCUCUAGCCAAAGCAGGCCAGCAGCUUGUAUUCAACUUUUAUGCUUUCAAAGAAAAUAGAUUGCCCUUUGGUGUGAAGGUCAGAGACAACAGCCAGGAACCCUGUGGUCGUCUCUCAUUCCUCAAGGAACCAAAAACUUCCAAAGGAUUACCACAAGCAGCUAUCUGUAAUCUGAACAUAACACUGCCAGCCCAUAAAAAAGAAGCCGAAUCAGAUCCAGAGGAAGAGGUCGAGAGAACUUCUGAUCGACGCCAAUCUUUUGCAUCUAUGGCUUUACGAAAGCGCUACAGCUAUCUGGCAGAACCUGGAAUGAAAAUCAUUGAGCGAAGUACAGGAACCACCAGGAGUGUUCCCGCACCAUACUCGUACAAGCCAGUCUUUUCAACAAGGCCCUUCCAGUCAUGGGCGACAGCCCCCAUUUCAGUGGCUGGCCAAGCAAAGUCUGGGAUCACCUCUCUUUCAAGUUCGACGUCCAACACGCCUACCGCCUCCCCGCUAAAGUCAAUUUGGUCUGUUUCUUCUGCUUCACCCAUCAGAUCAACCUUAGGAGCUUCCACGACUUCCUCAGUAAGAUCCAUGAGUGAUUUAGCAUCUCCAAUUAGAUCAUUUAAGUCCACAUCUUCACCUAUAAAAACUGUGGUGACACAGACUCAGUACUCUGUUAAAUCUUCCUCUGCUUUGAUUUCUUCACCAGUGAAAGCAUCAGUAAUGCCUGAAUCUUCUGUAAAAGGACUAACCUCGUCAUUGUUUUCCUCACGGCUGUCGCCGGCAUCGACGGCAGGCUCGCUGCUGGAGAGAUCAUCCAUCACCAUGACCCCACCAGCCUCCCCCAAGGCCACCAUGAAUAUGUACUCCUCCACCUUGCCGUUCAAGUCCAUAAUCACCACGGCGCCCACGGCUCUGUCCUCCCCUUUGAAAUCAAUGUCGACGUCGGGGUCGUCUCUCGUUAAAUCUGUUGUGGACGCAACCCAAGGAUUGGCGCCCGUGUCCUUUUCUCCAUCUAAGCUGGUCACUUCGACGAACGGACAAGUCUCUGCUAACGGGUUGGCGUCGCCGAUCAAGUAUCCCUCGGCGGCGGCUUUCUUCAACAGCCAAGCGUCUGCUUCAUCUCCCGAAAAGGCCCCGGCCGCCAUUCUGGCCAACAACUGCGUCCCGGCUGUGCAGAACGCAGUGGAGAAGGCCCACGCAACCAGCAGCGGAGUCACGUUCGCUCCGCUGAAAUCCUUUGCCUCACCAGCCCCCUCCACUUUCCAGACAAUCAGAUUGCCCUCCGCCGGCUCCUUGUACUCCACACGGCCGUCAUCCGUGACCACAUCUGUGACCUCGCCGACUAUCACCGUCCCUGUGUACUCUGUUGUCAAUGUGUUAUCUGAACCGCAGCUGAAAAGACUCUCUGAGACCACAUCAUUAACCAAGUCAGCCGCUGCAUUGUUAUCUCCCAUAAAAUCCUUGACCACGGAGUCUCGAACACAAGCACAGUCUCACUUUACCAAGACUAUCUCCCCGCUGAAGACCUCUUUGUUCCUUGCACCUUCCGCACUGAAGCUGUCAUCUGCCUCCUCUCUGUCUUCAAGCCAGGAAAUUUUGAAGGACGUGGCCGAGAUGAAGGAGGACUUGAUGAAGAUGACGGCCAUCCUGCAAACAGACUCGGCAAGCGACAAGGCCUUCCAGUCGGAAGCCUCUGCAAAAGGGGGGAAGAGCGAGGAUGAAAGCGAGGAGACGUUCAAGCUUGUGGAGAAGGUGAAGGAAGACCUGGUGAAAGUCAGCGAGAUCCUUCAGAAGGACGGGCUGACGGAGAAUAAGAAUGGCGUUAAAGUAGCUCAGAAGAAUGGGGAGCUUUCGGGUGAAGGCGAAUGGGUUAUGUUCGACUGUGAUGACAUUGAGGAGGCAAAGCAGAAGGCGAGCGACCACUUUGGCACUUUUGUCCCAAUGAAAGUAAAGCACGGCGGAGAGAAGGACUUCAGUUUGGCAAGAGUCGUUGACUAUUUGACGAACGAUCUUGGAAUUGACACGCUGGGAAAGAUGAGCGAUAGUAAAUAUCGCCAAGCUGAUAUCAAAAAGGAAGGGGACGACAAGAUGUUCUCCAAGAGGGCUCAUAAGCCAACAAUGCCUUUGCCAGAACAUAAACUGAAGAUGCCUCCACCUUCCAUGCGAUCAUCCGCUUCAGAAAAAGAACUGAGCAAACUUGCCGACGCCUUGAUGGCAACAGAAGCUAUCCUGGAGUCACCCGAUGAUUUUUCUCAACACGAUCAGGACAAGAGUCCUCUGUCAGACAGUGGGUUUGAGACCAGGAGUGAAAAGACCCCUUCUGCCCCUCAAAGUGCAGAGAGCACUGGGCCCAAGCCUCUCUUCCACGAUGUCCCCAUACCUCCAGUCAUUACAGAAACUCGUACAGAGGUGGUCCGUGUUAUCAGAAGCUACGAGCCUUCGUUAGAGGAAAUGCAGGAAUCUAAAGUCGAAGGGUUGACUCCUUUGCAAAAUGUCGACAUGUUCUCCGAAGUGGAGGACAAACCGAUUGGGUCCAUCAAAGACAAGAUGAAAGCUUUCCAGAUUAAAAUGAAAUCUGAGGACGAGGACAGUAAGUGCCUGAAGAGCAAAGAAGUGCGCGUUAAGGAAGAGACUCAGAUCACGACCACCACGAGAAUGGUUUACCACUCGCCUCCCUGCAUUGAAAGCAAAGCAAGUGAAAGGAUUGAAGAAACCAUGUCUGUUCGCGACAUUAUGAAGGCUUUUCAAUCGGGUCGCGACCCUUCCAAAGAAUUGGCCGGCCUGUUUGAGCACAAGUCGACGUCGGCCUCCCCAGAGUGCAGCAAGGCUGGGGAAGCAAUGUCGUGUUAUCGUGACAAAGACUCCAACUUCAAACCCAAGGUGGAACGGACAUUUGAGUUUCAUAUUGAAAAGGGGAAUAAAGUGGACCCUACCGAGGUCAUUAUAAGGGAGACAAAAAAGCACCCGGAGAGGGAACUGUAUGUUUAUCAGAGAGAUUUUCUGGGGGAGAGCGAGGCCAAAGUGUUACCCGACAGGUUUGAUGCUGGUCAGGAUGAGCAGGCUCAGCGGGAAGACGAGGAGCUGACGGCCGAAGAGUCUCUUCCAUCCUGCAUGGAGUCGUCGCGAGUGAACACGCCCGUGUCGCAGGAUGACGAGAGCCGGCCCAGCUCGGCGCAGCUCAUCGCCGACGAUUCGUACAAGGCGCUUAAGCUGCUGACACAGCAGUCCGUCGAGUACCACGACGACGAGUACUUGGAGCUGAGGGGCGAGUCGUACCGGUUCGCGGAGAAGAUGCUGCUCUCCGAGAAAAUGGACGUCUCCCACUCCGACACCGAGGAAUCGGUCGCCGAGGCGCCUCAGGCCUUCUGCCUGGGCUCGCAGGCGAUGGGCAAUUACCAGAGGCUGGCCGAGGCUUCGCCGGAGAAGGAGCUCGCCAGGCUGCACAGAAUGAUACCGGACGGCACCGAGCAUGACGGACGUUUCGAGAAGGUGGCGGUGCUGCACUACCCUUCCGAACCCGGCAGCCCGAAGCACGCCGUGUGGAUGCGCUUCAGCGAGGACAGGCCGGAGGGUGGCAGGGAAAAGCUCACCUACGAGGACCGGGUGGACCGGACGGUUAAAGAGGCGGAGGAGAAGCUGACCGAGGUGUCUCAGUUCUUCCGGGACAAGACGGAGAAGCUGAACGACGAGCUGCAGUCGCCCGAGAAGAAGCCGCGCAAGCGGGAGGGGGCGCAGAGCCCCCACUCGGGGUACAGCUCCCCCAGCAGCAGCCCGGAGAAGCUGAGACAUGCCGAGGUGACGGCUGCCGACGAGUGGCUCCAGGAGAGGCAGGGCGAGCAGUACCUGCGCCGUUACUCCGUCCGAGGCUCCGAGGAGAGGAGGGCGGCCAUGGACUCCGCCCAGCGGACUCACGCGGCCCUCGCGGAUGACCCGAGGCACCAGACCAAACAUGGCGAAGAUCCGUCGCAGCCGCCGUUUCACCUGAAGCAAACCGGCAAGCACGAAACGGCGUGCGCCAAACCCGAGGCGGCCGCGAACCAGAAAAGCCGCGAGCCAUCGUCGCCGCGAUGCUCCUACCCGCAGGACCACCAGGCCGACAGCAGGUUGAGGAAAAUGGCGGCUCCUUGCUCCACCGCCCAGCUGGACGAUGAGGAGAGGCUGAACUUUGCGGAACGAAACCUGCCGGAAGCGCUGCUGAACGGGUCUGUGAAAAGGCUGCAUGAAAGCAAGCUGCCCAUCUACCAGUUCUCCUUGAAGGAAAUCAACCAGAAGAAGCUGGAGUAUGCGGCAGAAGGGGCCAUCUCCACGGCAAAGGAAGUGCACACCAGUAAAUUCAAGGACUUGAGUGGCCUCGGAGGUCUGAGCGUUGGGACGGAGCCUGUAACGUCCACCACGGUGCCUCAGAAGGCGGUGGACGUUGCGCCCCAUGCAGGUGUUUCUCAGUUCGUGGCCACGGCCCCAAAGCAGCUGGUGUUCGGGGCAAAAGGCACGGCUCGGAUUUCUGAAAUUAACUCACCGUCGAAGAAAGAGCCUGAAUCGCACGCCAGGUCGGAUAAGGAGAGGAAGGUGUACAGAACCUGGGAAAACUGUGGGAAUUCAAACCGUAAAUCACACAAGGACAAGCUGACCCACGUUCUUGUCCAUGACAACCUGAAAGAGGGCGAGGCCGCUCAAGCUGAGGGGCAGACGAGGGAGAAGGUUGACCCCGCUUCAGAGAAGGAGCACCUUCCAAGCAACGGCCAUUCGGCGAAGAAGGUUCAGGGCGCCCCGGUGAGCUCUCCGUCCAGGAAGGCUGGUUGCACGGAGCGAGCUCCGGGGGGUGGUGAGAGAUCUGGUGAGCAGGCGCGAGCAAAGGGCGUGAGGAAAGAGAAUCCGAGCCCAUCGCAGAUUCCAGUCCGAGUUCCAGAAGAGAGGCCCAAAUCAAUGUCAAAGGUGCAAGACUGCAACGGUGGUCAGGUGAAACUGCGUAAGAAUGAUGCGGUGACUAAUCUGCCCAACGCAACGCUUGGCAGGACCAAAAAGGGUCAACAGGUUUAUCAAGUAUCAGAGACCAUCAUCCAGACCAAAGGCUCCAGGGACAGUCGGUCCAACAGGCUUGGGAAUAGCGUGGACCCAGGCAGUUACCGGGAAGAGCUGGAAACCUCCCCCAUCAAAUCUCCCGACUCUCUGGAGUUUAGCCCCGUGAAAGAUUCUUCGCUGAGAGAGUUCUUUGAUCAGAGCCCGGUCGAGUGUUUGGAGAAAGCAGCGCCCUUGGCGAGCAUCGAAGGAUUUAAGGAGAUAAAGUCCUUGCCCGUAUACGUCAACGUUGUUCAAAUGGGGAAACACUGCGAGAAAGAACCUUCAGGCCCGCACCAAGUCAACGUUAAACGGAUAAUCAGUCAGGAAAGUAGGACCGUGCAGGAGACACGGGGCACCUUUUACACGGUUCGCCAGCAUAAGCCAUCGCCUUCCCCACGGGGCAGUCCAGAGGAUGACACCUUGGAACAGGUAUCGCUGAUAGAGAGUUCUGGUAGAAGCCCCGUGACACCUGACACGCCCAGUUCUGAGGAAGUCAGCUACGAACUGUCUUCCCAGGUGCCAACCAUGCACGGAAAACCAAGUCCCAUCCCUGAGGUUUCCGAGGAGUCGGAGGAGGAAGAAGAGCAGGCCAGAGUGGGCUCUGUUAAAGAAGUGAGCGGCUUCGCGAGACCCUUGAGGCCGAGUGAACUGGAUGGGAAUGACAAGCGGCAGAAGGAAAAUCGUGUGGCCUACAUCGAGUUUCCCCCGCCCCCUCCCAUCAACACCUUGGACACGGAGGUUCCCAGCAUCAGGAAAAAGGAAUACUGUCCCAAGGCCAAGGAUGGGCUGGGCAUGAUCGAGCUGAGCUUGCAGGAGAUGCACGAUAAGCAUUUCAUGGCCGAGCCCGUCAUCAGAGUCCAGCCACCUUCCCCCAUCCCUCCCGGGGCCAACGACAGCGACUCCAGCAGCGAUGAGUCCAUCUUCCAGCCGGCCCCGCUGAAAAAGUACACGUUCAAACUCCAGGACGACUCCGCACAGCCGGCCGGCCCGCCGAGGCCCAAGGCCCAAGAGCAGCGCAGCAAAGACAACGACCCCCAGGACAGCGACGAGGACUUUGCCCUGGACGGCACUUCCGACGCGGACGAGGUUCCCGACGGCAACAACGACCAGUCGGUCACCGAGUGCUCCAUAGCAACGACUGCCGAGUUCUCCCAUGAUACCGACGCCACCGAGGUCGACUCGCUCGACGGAUACGACCUGCAGGAUGAAGACGAUGGCCUGACUGAAACUGACUCUAAAUCCUUGAAUCAGGGGCUAGAAACCAAGAUGGAUGUUUGGGUCACGGAAGGGAUAUUGAAGCAGGGGGAUCGUUGCUAUAGCCAGGGUAAACUUGCAGUCAUUGAGGAAGAAGGAAAGGUAGGCGCUGAAGAAGAAACACCCUUGCAGUCUAAAGCUCAGACGUCUGAAAAGACAGGCGAAGGGAAAACUGAUGGUAAACCAGGACCUGAGAUCUUCACUUUGGAAGGCAGGCAUCCUGACAGAAACCGGUUUAAUGAUACGUAUUUUAGUUACAAACUAGAGGAAGAAUUGGCAACCCAGUUUAAAACUGUUGCCACCAAGGGCCUUGACUUUGAUCCAUGGUCUAACGGCCGAGGGGACGAUGAAGUCUUUGAAGCUAGGUUGAGAGAGGAUGAGCAAAAAGCCUAUGGCUUAGCGGUAGAGGACAGGUCCCAGGCGACAACACCAGAUACGACCCCAGCCAGAACCCCGACAGAUGAGAGCACUCCAUCUAGUGAGCCUAACCCCUUCCCAUUUCAUGAAGGGAAGAUGUUUGAGAUGACUCGCAGUGGUGCAAUUGACAUGAGCAAGAGGGAUUUUGUUGAAGAAAGGCUCCAAUUUUUCCAAAUUGGCCCUCAAAGCCCAUGCGAACGGACCGAUAUAAGGACAGCCAUAGUAGCAGAUCAUCUGGGACUGAGCUGGACAGAACUGGCAAGGGAAUUGAACUUCUCUGUUGAUGACAUCAAUCAGAUUCGGGUUGAAAAUCCAAACUCUUUAACUACUCAGAGCUUCAUACUGUUAAAGAAAUGGAUUGUGCGAGAUGGAAAAAGUGCUACAACUGAUACCUUAAGUGGAAUCCUCAAAAAGAUUAAUCGAAUGGACAUUGUUACCUUACUGGAAGGCCCAAUAUUUGACUAUGGUAAUGUUUCUGGCACAAGAAGUUUUGCUGAUGAUAGCUGCGUAUUCCUGGAUCAAUCCGAUGGUUACUCUUCCAUCAAUGAGGAGCUGCUGACACCUGCCACAUUACGCUAUUUGCCAUCCUCCCCCCUCCAUUUUGAUGAUUAUUUUAGCAAUCACCAUGGUGCUGAGUUAGCUUCCCCAAAUCCCCAUCCAAGCCACCUGGCACUAGAAGAAGUAUCGGUUUUCAGCGAAACCGAGGAGGUUUCGGAAGAAGUGGCCGGUGCAGAUUUGCCAGGCCACUGUCUGGUGCCAGGUGAGAUGGUCACUUCGCCAGUGGGACGGGCGGAUGAGCCACGGGGCUCUGAGCGUGAGCCCGAAUUCCAAUUCGUCAGCGGCAAUGUCCGCGUUGCCCAGUCUCCCACCGAUGCAGAAGUCCAGUCACCGAAGGACCGAUGCACGACCAAACCAAGUGCCGCUCCCCACCAAGGAUGUUCCGGUUCCGAGGAGCCCUCGGAGUUCCACGGAGAGCUGGAGCAUGUUCAGCCCAGGCGGAGUUCCAGCAGUUCAGAUGACGAGGAGGUGACAAACGAAGACGUCCAGACCCUUGACCAUGCUCAGAGUUCCCAGAAAGAAUUCUUUACAGUUCCAGGUUGGCACAGUGAUGCAUCCAGUGUUGAUGUGGAGCCACCAACCCCAAAGAGCUGCCACUUGAGCACUGACGGCCUGGAUGAAGACAACGCCAAAUUUCAGGAGCAGAGCAACAGGAAUGAACUUGCUGGAUCUGUGAAGUUUCAUUUGAAAGGACCGGUUUUGAAACCAGAGGAGAACGGGGACCUUGACUUGCACAGGCUAGAGCGUCAAAGGGAAUCGGGCCACGCCGCGGUGGGUCCAUUGAUUCCGGAGGUGGCGGCCGACAUGCCCGUGACAUCGCACGACAGGAAAACGGUGAACGGAAAGGCGCAGAAACGCUCGUCACUAAUCACGGAACAAGCGGAGCCGGUGAAGGAACUGCAAGCAGACGGCAGGCGUGUGGGUGCUGAGGAGCACGGAGCCACUGUGUUUAGCACCGAGAGGAAGACGAGUUGGGGCACGCCAGACGGGAUUAAAUCAGGAACAAACAUCAGGGUGGAAGGGCCACUACCAGCAGAACACAAAGCACAGGGAGAGGACGCUAAAAGAGUCCCCGGAGAGAUGGUCACAGAAGAGCAGUUCGUUGAUGAAGAUGGAAAUGUUAUCACCAAAAAAGUGACCCGCACAGUGGUGAGGCGGCUUGUUGUGUCUUCGAGCAGGGACCGUGAGGAUGAGGAACUAGAAAGGGAUGGGCAAGGCGAUGCGGAGCAGACCGAGUAUUUUGGAAGUGAUUUCAUGGGAGAGGAGGUCGAAGGAUAUAAAGUUGUCAAAGUGAAGAAGGAGACAAUCCGACAAGCAGAUAAGAAGACUCAUUAAUGGUCCAUAAAGAGCUGAAUUGGAGCUACAGGAACACGUUUUACUACUGCCAGUGCCCAGGAGGAAGUGGCUGGGACAGAAGAGGAGCGACUGCAGAUGAAGUGUGUGCCUGCUGCUUUCACACAUUAAAGCAUGGUUUAGAUACAACAGGAUAUUUUAAUUUAGCAUGAGCAACUUUAAAACCGCAUGGGAAUUCACUUUCAUUCGUUGACCUGAAGGGAGUGCACUUGGCGCAUUGAGUGACAGACAAAUGGGCGCUUUCUGUAUGAGUGACUUUUCAAUCUCUCUGCGUCACCCGGCAGAGGUUUUAUGUGGCGCCUUUGAUACCUUUCCUGUGACUGAGGAUAUUGACAGCAUAUCAUAAAUGCAUCGAGGAGCCGGCAAGGAGUGUGCAAAUCACUGAUUAUUCACAGCAUCUAGCCUUAUAAUUUUCUUAAACCCAUGGUUUCAGGGUAUAAAAAAAAAAUCAAUACUUGCUUAUUUAAAAAAAAUAAAAACACACAUCAAAAAAAAAAUCAUAAAUGGUUUUGCUGUACAUAAAGAACUCUGUAAAAAAAAAAAUUAUGAUCAGGUGGCGUUUUUGGAAGAAACGCAAAUGUGCUAUCUGAGCACUGCAACUGUUAUAGUGUCUGAUUCACGCUUUAGAAGUUGAUUCCACCUACUAAAAGCGUUUUGAGUGUGACUCCACAAUUUCUUUGUACAAUUAAUAGAGAAAAAGGUAUAAUCUUUGUAUAUGCAAAAACACUGGCUUCAUUUUAAGAUAGCUUUCUUUCAGACUACACUGCAGAAUUUAAAAUGAUUUUGAAAAAUGUAAUUCUGUGGGAAAAAAAUUAUCUCAAAACAAAGUUUCCUCAGUCUACCGAUAUUCUGAUGCAUGUGUCCCUCAUUUGGAUUACAAUAUUUUUUUUUUCUAAGUUUGGAGACACUGUUGAAGAUUAACACACUUUAUCACACAUUUCCCUUUUAUUCUCUCUUGCUUUUUUUUUUACAACUAAAUGAUCUUAAAAGAUGCCAUACAUCAUGCGAAGGGGAAAUGUUUCAAGUUCUUGCUUCUCGAGGGAUAUCUGCUUGCAAUUCAAUAGAUGAACUAAUUCUCUUGCAGGCACCGUGUUAAGUUGAGACAAUUGAGGUUGUACAUGCUUGUAGACUGGCAACAUGCUGUAAAAUUAUGACUAUAUCAUGUGUAUUGGCAAUAAGAUGUAGAAGUCUUUCCAUAAGCCGAUCAUCUGUAAUCUUUUUUAGCAGUGUAAUAAUAGGUUGUUAAGGCCUGCCGUGGUUAAAAAGGGCGUUCCACAUUUGAGUUUGGUGAACUAUUCUCCUUUGUUGAUUAUAUUCAUAUGAAAACAUUAAGCAGUCACUGAAGAUAGCUCUUAUAACAUAUGUAUGAAAACAAAACUCCACUGAAUGAUCCAAUUGAUUAUUCAAGCAAAAAAUAAAUUGUGUUAAAUCACUA